AUGAUCGCCAAAAAGAGAGCGGCUGCCUACAUCCCGGGAAUCAGAGACAGAGAUGGGAAGCUGCACAGUGUGCCGACCGCGAUGGCCAACACUAUUCGGGCGUACUACGCGGACCUAUAUUCACUCGACCCACCCAGGGGAGAGGGAGCUGGUACAGAAAGGAAGACGCGAAUAACAGACUACCUAGAACCGCGCAUCGGCAACUGCAUCUCACAGGAGGCAAGCGCAGAGCUAGACGAACCGAUCGAGACAAACGAGGUAGCAUGGGCUCUCAAAACGCUAUUACAAAACCUUUGCGGAACUCCUCGUCCCUCGCCUCACGACGGCACUCAACGCGAUCCGAGAAGGGCAGAUAUUCCCGACACAGACCUUGGCGGCUAA